GGUCCCCGCGCACGCGCUAUUAUUGUUUUGACUGAAAAUGCCGUCGGUUUCGAAAACGGCGGCGAGCGCUUCUCCUCAAACCGAGAAACCAACCCACUAUACAUAUUUGAAGGAGUUCAGGACCGAGCAGUGCCCACUGUUUUUGCAGCACAAAUGCACACAGCACAGACCCUUUACGUGUUUCCACUGGCAUUUUCUUAACCAGCGACGACGGAGACCCAUACGGAGAAGAGACGGGACUUUUAAUUACAGCCCAGAUGUGUAUUGCACGAAGUAUGAUGAAACAACAGGAAUAUGUCCCGAUGGAGACGAUUGUCCUUAUUUACAUCGGACCACCGGUGACACGGAGCGAAAGUAUCAUUUACGCUACUACAAAACUGGCACCUGCAUCCACGAAACAGACGCUCGUGGACAUUGUGUGAAGAACGGCCUCCACUGCGCUUUCGCUCAUGGACCACAUGACCUACGGCCACCAGUUUAUGACAUCAGAGAGAUCCAGGCACAGGAAGCACUGCAGAAUGGCCAGUUGGGAUCUGGGGAGGGAAUUCCUGACCUGCAGCCGGGUGUGCUGGCCAGCCAGGCUAUGAUUGAGAAGACCCUGAAUGAGGACCCACGUUGGCAAGACACCAAUUUUGUUUUGGCCAACUAUAAGACCGAUCAGUGUACCAAGCCUCCACGUCUAUGCAGGCAGGGCUACGCUUGUCCCCACUAUCACAACAGCAGAGAUAGGAGAAGAAAUCCCAGAAAGUUCAAAUACAGAUCGACACCCUGCCCGAGUGUGAAGCAUGGAGAUGAAUGGGGCGAACCCUCCAAAUGUGAGAGCGGAGACAGCUGCCAGUACUGCCACUCUCGCACCGAACAGCAGUUCCACCCAGAGAUUUACAAGUCUACUAAAUGCAACGACAUGAGGCAAACUGGAUACUGUCCAAGGGGCCCGUUCUGUGCUUUUGCACACGUGGAAAGAAUUCCCUCUACAGAAGAGACCAUGAGCACGCUGCUCUCAGCAAUGCAGUCUAGUUCUCAGUCUAAGCUGGGCUCUCAGUAUCCAGAGUGUCCAGUCAGUGAGUGGAGCAACAACACCAAUUCCAUCACCAGCAGCGCUAGCAACAACGGCCAGAGCGGAAACGUAUCAUGCUCUAAUAGUCCGACUGUAACACCAAGCUCAGGGAGCAACAGUUCUUUGUCCCCAAUUGGACCCAUCGGCAGGCCAAAAUGCUUUACUAAUGGUAGCUUAUGUUCAGAGUCCACAACGUCCAGUGUUUCCUCUCCGACGUCUAACUAUCCCAAAGCUCCGGGUUUUGAACGGGAGGAUCAGGCAAAGAACCAGAAGAGCCAGUCUGGGGAGAAUAAUCAGAAGUUAAUGGACCAAGACAAACAGGCUCAUGGCAGUGUGUUCUCCGUGGUGAACCCACUAGCGUCCAGCAUAACAUCAAGCAUAACGUCCAGCUUGGCCUCCAGCAUCGGAUCUGACAGUUCAUCGCCCACCACUUUAUCAACCAUGAAUGCAAAAGCCACGCCUUUCUAUCCGGGCAGCAAUACUGUGGAGUCAGUAAUAGGAUCUGCACUUGACCUAAAUUUUAGUGACAUCAAUGUUGCCUCUCUCGACAAAGAGCUAGAGGACCAAGACAACAAUGGCCUUGGUUUAACAAGUCAGAGGUUAUUAGGAGGCUCUGCUCCAGUUAAUAUUCCUGGCUCUCUGGCUCGGUCUUCCUCUCUGCACUCGUCAUCGUCUCUGUCUGCAUCUCCGCUCAGCUCCCUGUCUCAAUCCCUGUCCCAGUCUCUCCUCACUGGAAUGGCCUCCCAACAGAGCCAGACACAGCCACCACCUGUUAAAACCGAGCAUGGCCUUCUGGGAACACCCACAUCUACACAGAACUCCUUAGGUCUUAAUGGCGGAGCAGGGGGUAUAUGGGACUUUAUGAGUGGCAGCUUCUCUCCCAGCCCGUCUCCAGUGUUCAGCAGCCUUACUUCCAACACGGUCGGCUCCAGCAGCGCAGACAUCGGCCGACUCCUCCGAGAACUGGAUGAAGCCAAGCGUAAGAUCAAGCAGUGGGAGGAGGCCUGGCACCAAGUCAAACAGGCCUGUGAAGCGUGGCAGAAAGACGCUCACGAAGCGAAAGAACAAGCGAAAUCGGCAGAAGCGGAGCGUCAGCUAGCAGAGCAGAAGCGGGAGGACACGGAGCGCAAACUGAAGGAACUGCAGGGAGACUUUGACGCUUUGUGUCGUUCGCCCAACACGCCUCUCCUGCGCAGCUACGGCGAGCUGGACCAGCUCCCCCUGCCAAAGCUCCGCUCCAUCCAGAGCCAGCUACGCUCUGACCUAGACCUCAUAGAAGGGGUAAUAUAUCAGCUUCAGUCAAAGAAAUGUAUAGUUUGCCAAAAGCAUGAUCGUUCCAUUGUCCUGCAGCCUUGCCAACAUUAUGUACUUUGUCAGAAAUGUGCGUCUGGUAAAAAGGAAUGUCCUUACUGUAAGACGAAAAUAUCCAAGUGGUGAUGUACAGCCAUCCAAGGUACUCUUUAAUGAUUUAGCCCUUUGAAGAACUACUAAAUACAUAUUAUAAUUAUUAUGCUUAAAGUUUCUAAAUAGCAUUUUUUUUGUGUUUCAGUAUUUCAUAUAGUGAUUGGAUUGAUCGAUAGUUUUAUUAGAAUCUAAUAAGUGGUGUUUGACUGAUACAAAAAUCAACUUCUUUAAUGCAAUACCUGUUUUUGUACAAGCUAGAUUGUCCAUUUUCAAAAAGCAUUGAACAAUUUCCCCUUUGUUAUCGCUUUUGGCAUUUAUAGUCAGUUUGGCCCUGAUUUGACUGUUAGCAACAAAAUCAUCGGCCAUUAUGACUAUUAUUAUUAUUACUACUAGCUGUGUGAAGAGGAUUCAUUUCUUGUUAAAAGCACUUUGUUGACUUGGAAAAUUGUCUGAGGGUAUUUUGUUUUCUUUGUAGAAAUUUUGCUUUAAGCUGCUUUGUAGUUUGUUUUUCAUUUCCUUUAGAUUUAUAUAUAUUUUUGUUCCCAAAUAUGCUAAAGUAUGAAGCUUUUGUGUGUACUGUGAAACAUAAUAGAAUAUUUCAUUUUUUUCUUACUGUUAAAUCAUGGUAAUAGUGUAUAUAUCUUGUUAGUUUUCAUAUAAAAAAUAGUACUAAAUAGUAGUUAUUACUUUCAUUGUUACUUCAAUUUUUCAAUCAAAUAAGUGCAAACUUUGAAUGCAUUUUAGGCAUAACCAGCAGCUGUAAUAUCAGUAAGGCACAUACUGUAUGCUAAGGCAUUUAGUAAAUCAAUUUCUCUGUCUUAUAGUGACUAUUUAGAUUAUGUAGUUGUUAGAUGAGCACACGUGUUCUGUGGUCCUCGGCGACACAGAAAUCGUUUCGUUUGUUUUUUGGACUUUAGCCUUGCAGAUAUGUUAGAACAUAUAUCUGAUUCCUGGCCACUCCCUCUUAAGUGCCUUGCCUUUAAAAAAAACACACACAUUUGAAGCAUCUGUGAAGAGUUUAGGAUUGUAGUAAAACAAACAUAGCUUGUGCAAAGUAUGUAUUUUUCUGUAGUACCAUAUUAUUGGCCCAGUUCAGUACUAAAGACUUCACCCUUGUUGGUGCCUGAGCUCUAAGGUUCAGUCAAAGAAUCGUCGUUCCCUCUUCAUUAAUGACGGUGCUUUUUGGGUGCAGCUUAGAAACGUUGAAUCAUCCUUAAUUUGAAACUUGUAGGAUGUUCAAAUCAGGAAAGCGUGUGUUUCUUUGAUGGCAAAAACUAAACUGGCUUAGUACAUUUCUGUUUUAUUGAAAUGUGUAGAAUUGUAGUGCUCUGUAGUGUUUACAGAAAGAAAUCAUUGGUGUUUUUUCGUAUCCAGAUUCGACAGUGUAAUGUGCUUAGGUAAUCUAAUUGAAAUGACCUGCUACUGUGUUAUCUGAAACUUUUUUGUUUGUUUGUUUGUUUGUUUUCGGGGGGUUUCUUUUCAUACUUACAGCAUUAAGUUUGUGUGGUGAAUUGUCAGGUACACAAAGGUGCAAGUUUUUUUUUUCUCUCUCUUUUUAAAAAACCGGGAUUAACAGUUAACUUUAAAAGGGAUGGUUAUUGAGGAUCUAAUUGUCGAAGCCUACUUUCAACUUGACGAGGCGGAGACAGUGUGUGUGUGUAUAUAUAUUUGAUUUCUCUCCGCUUUCUUGUGUUCGUAUCCGAAUCCACAAGGUCUGUAUGUAGCUCUGAUUUGUCACUGCAUGUCAGUGUGUAACUUUUGUUAACCAGCUGAAGCUCUAGAUCACACUGCCAAAUGUAUUUGUGUUGAGCAGACGUAUCCAGUUGUUGGUCGAAGUAUUCAAAAAAUAAUCAUAUUUCAAAUGCAUUGACUACGUGCUCAUCUUUUUCUAGUCCGAUCAGCAAAAGGCUUGUUCUUUUUUUUCGGUUAACUUUGAUAGGUUGAAGCGGAUCAAAGCAGCUUUGGGUAUUGCGAUGUUUCCAACACUCAAGUGUUCAAGAGCUUUUGCAAACAUGUCACUUUGUUGAGGAAUUAGUUCCAUUGUUUGGUUUUUGGACCAUGACGUUGGGGUUUGUGGUUGAUGCAAACGCAAGAGUGCGGUCGAAUCAAAUGAACGUGGACUUUACUCAAAUGAACCAAAGUGGUAUUGUAGUUUAUACUUGUUUCAAAGUUCAACUGAAGUGGUGUUCAAUUACUAUGUCAGUUUAUUUUUUCCUUAAAUGUUUAAUUUGACAGGACAACUAUGCCAACUGCUUUUUGCUGACAAUAUUAAUGGACUAAAUGCCCAUUUUUGUAGUUUCUACCAAAGACCUUUACUAUUCUUUGUUCUCUCUUCAAUUUUAUAACUGCGUUUUCAUUGUAACAUUCUGAGGAAAUAGUCAGAAAAUGACCAAAUCUAGUAUCUUAUUUACAUAAUACGUGCAUUCAAAACAAACAAGCUCCUAACGAACCACGAUUCUUGAUCAGCUUCAUAUGAAGAUUGUGUUUCUUAGUGAAAAAAACAAAACGAUGACAUAGUAUUGAAUCGGCUGUAAUCUACAGUGAAGGAAUGUCACAGUAAUGAAUGAAUAUUUGUGUUAAUAUUCUUAAGUGGCCAUAUGAAUUAGUGCUUAUUUGAAGUAUGUAUUUUUUUUCUUCUUUUUAUACUAAUAGUACUGAAUCGUAAACAAUUUGAAACAUUAGUUGUUGUGCACUACUUGGGAUUUAAAAGUGUAUACUCAGCCUGUAAGGUGCUCUCUUUAGUUUCCAUUUGACUGGUGUUUGUUUUUUCUGCAUAUGAAUUUAGAAAUCUUCUAACUUAUUAUUGUUUUUUUUAACCUUGAAGUCUAUUAUUGUGUUGUCAAUUGUCGUCUACCAUUUUGAUUGUUAUGUAAAAUGGGUCCCUUGUUCACACUAGUUGAAAUGGCUGAGACAGACAGUGGGUUACAAUUACCAGAACAGUUCAAAUAUAGCCUUAAACAUCACUUUUUCGCCUAGUGACGAUUGCCUGUCAUAGUGGUACGUAAAAAUUGUUCAAAAGUGUAUUUUAAAGAAAAAAAUAAUGUAGCCUGCACUUAAAUGUCUGAUUUACAAUCAGUCAUCCUGCUUGAUAACAUUAAGGAUCAAGUCUCUUUGGAACAAAUUUGUGCCUUUCAUGAAGCCAGAUUGAAAGUAUUCUUUGAUUAAGCAAAUGGGUAAUUCAAGCUAACGAAAUGAGCCGAAUUUUAGUGCCUUGGGACGUUUUAAUCUGUAUUUCUCAAUGCACGAGAGUCCGUCAUGGAUACUAUUUAAAUAAUAUUGAAUUACUCUGCCAUGCCUUUGAACAUUUCACUUGGACUAAUAAGCGAUCCUGAAAAAUGUAUUACUGUUGAGAAGUCAGCAUGACGAUGCAUGUAAACGGUGUCAGAGUAACAGUUGUUUUGCGAUCGUAUUCUCCACAAAGCGUAGCAGCUCAUUUAUGAAGUAUGAACAUUUUUAAAAAUGAAGCUAGUCAUUUCAAGUUUGUGCUUCCAGCGGAUUUUCUGAUAUCGGUUUGCUUAUCAGUGAACUUCAGUAGUGUAACGGCAGAUCUUUUAGGACAGCACGGUUUUACAGACACGAAAGCCCUCUGUCUGCAUCAGCCAUUUUGAUACUGUAAUCUUUAACAGAAUCGACCAUUUAAUGUUGACGUAAGACCAGGCAUCUGCAAUUAAAGAAGCACCAAGGACUCUUGUUCAGCAAUGUGUAAUGUAUUGGAAGUUUACCAUAAUGCUCUGCAGUGGAAAUAAUCGUUUCUUUCUUUUGCAUUCUUGUGGAUUUUUCUUACGUUCAUUUGUUUGUUUUUUCUAAUUCUGUUCUCUAUCAGUAGUGUGAUUUAUUGAACCUAAGGAUUUAUGCAAUCUUGUAUAUACAUAUUACAUAUGAAACUGGUUAAAUUUAGCAAACUAGCCAGGGGGGGUCUAUUACAACAGUACAUUUUUUGUAAGAGGCUAAAAUGCUAACAAAUUAUAUAUAUUAAAAUUAAAAAGUUUUGUUUUUUUUGUGGAACCGCUGUUCCCUAUAAUUAAUGUUACGGUUAAUCGAACAUGAAAUCCCUUAAUAUUGAAUGUACCAUUCAAAUUAGAUUUCAAAUGGGUCACUGGAAUAACAUAGAGAACCGUUAAUCUAUAAUGAUGUAGCACUAGUUUUGUGAAUUGCGAUACAUUACAAAUAAAUUUAUAAGUUAAACGCAAUUGCAGUUUUCGAGUUUGUGUAUUUAUCCGUGUAACAAUUUGAUGGAAAUACGAGAUGUAUUUUUCUCAGGGUUUUACAGGAGAACUGUAGAAUAGAGAGAGAGAUGUCCAAUUUUCAAAGGAAACUGCAACUCACAGAUUUAUUAGCUCAAUAGUCAAAACGAGGAAAACAUUUAUAUUACGAGGAAAGAAACAUAUCCCUUAUUUUGGUACAGUAUGCAUCGAUAUAUAGAACAGCUUAUAUUCUAAUUAGUGUUGAAAUACUAUACAAUUUUUGCUGUCAGUAUAAUACUUUGUGUAUGUGUUGUCAACACGAGACCUUAAAAAACAUUUACUGGGAGUUCUGUGUUUAAGUUAUGGAGGCUUCUUUAUGGAAUAGUUGUAUGUUUUUUGAUGGUCAGAGAGGAUUUUUCUUCACUAGAAUUACUUAAGAUGGUAUUAUUUAUAAUGCAUAAUCUUUCUCUUGUAGUGUAUCAUUUAAAACAAUUGUUAACACUUGUCUACACACUACAGCAGUUAUGCAAUGGUUUACAGAAUUCAUGGAAUUAUUUUUGUCAUCUUGGGAAUUAAAUAAUUUUUGAUCUUUAA